AUGUCUAGAAAAGAUGUUACAUCUCUCCGGGAGAUGAUGCAGCUGAUGCUAGAGGACCGCAGAAAGAGAGAUGAGGAGAUAGCACAAGAGAGACAGAGACGAGAAGAAGAACUAGCUGCCGAGAGAGAGCAGAGAGAGGAACAAAGGCGACAACGAGAAGAAGAACUAUCUGCCGAGAGAGAGCAGAGAGAGGAACAAAGGCGACAACGAGAAGAAGAACUAGCUGCCGAGAGAGAGCAGAGAGAAGAACAAAGACGUGCUGAGAGUGAGCAGAGAGAGGAACAAAGGCGACAACGAGAGGAGGAACUUGCUAGAGACAGACAACUGCGGGAGGAGCAGUUUGCAGAGGAGCGCCACCAGUUGAAGGACCAGUUGAAGGAACAGAUGGCACUGCUUCAGAGGCUUGUGAUUGACAAGACAGCUCAUUCCCCAACUAGCUGA